AAAAAAAAAAACACUAAACUCUGAAGUGUUGCAUUUUUUCAUCCCAUUCUCAUCUUUCUCAUUUUCAAUCCUUUUCUUCUUUCAUUCUCUGCCUUUUCAACUUCCGUUCGUUGCUUCGUUUCGGAGAAGGCUCUGCGUUUUGAUUCCGGAGAAACACUCUAUUAUUAUUGUGUAACGGACGCCGUCUACUGAACUGUGUUUAAACAUUUACAUCAAUGACUUUGCUGCAGCAUCGAACGUGAAUUACACUCACAUUUUGUUGAUUUUUCCUGUUUUCUCUUUUUCUGUGUGUUUGGUGCAAGCUUUUCCGAAGACAUGGCACCAUGGUGGGGAAAGCCUUCGUCCAAAGAGGUUAAGAAGAAGAAGACAAACCGGGAAAGUAUUUUUGAUAUGAUACAGCGAAAAUUGAAAAAUGUUUCUGAAGUGAAGAGCAACUAUAAAUCAGGAGGGUCUCGGGGACAUCGUAGUUGCAGUAUCUCUAAGAAGGGAUCUAGAUCAUUCGGACCUUCAACAAGAUCAUCAUCGUCCUCUCCAACUGUGUCCCGCUGUCUAAGUUUUGCAGACCAUCAUUAUUCUCGGCCAUACCCAGUGAUAGGCUCGCCCCUUCAUACUGUUAGUAAUGCAAGUUCUGGAAUUAUUUUAACAUCAAAACUGGAAAGAGCCACAGAAGAUCCUACAUCUAGACCAUCUAUAUAUUUUCCCCUUCCAGAACCUGGUUAUCUGACUAUGAAAAUAGAAACAGAGCCACCAUUAACAGACGUGGAAGGAGAUCUAGUGACUGCAUCUGUUUCCUGUGACAGCUCUAUUGAUAGUGGUGACUCGUCUGAUUCACAUCUUGUUAGUCCUCUGGCAUCUGACUGUGAAAAUAGAAACAGAGCCACCAUUAACACUUCUAAAAGUGUGGCGAACAGAGAUCAGUCACGGACUACUAUCCAAAGAAACUCAAGAGCAUCCUCAAAACCAGGUCAUAAACUGCGCAACAAUAAGCCACUGUCUAGCUCGCCAAAAGGGGUUCCUUUGCAUCUGCAAAUAGGUCGUGCAGGUGGUUUUUGCAGUGCACCAGAUAGUUCAAUGUCUAGUCCUAGAAGUCCAAUGCGAGCAUUAGGUCUAGAGCAAAUGCGAGCAUUUGGUCCAGAGCAAAUGCUAAAUUCAGGAUUAUGGACAGGGAAGCCUUAUCCAGAUAUAGCUUCUGGGCACUGCUAUAGUCCAGUUUCAGGCCAUAAUUCUAGUAAUAAUUCAGUUGGUGGGGAUCCGUCGGCAUUUAGGGCACCCAACAAGUGUAGUGCUGAGUGUUCCCCAAUACCUAGUCCCAGGAUGACAAGCCCUGGCCCUAGUUCCAGGAUACAGAGCAGUAAUGUCAGUCCUCUGCAUCCAAAGGCUGGAGGUGCAGCAGCAGAGUUGCCUACUAGAAGACCUGAUGUCAAUAAACAACAAAGUCAUCGGUUACCACUUCCUCCAAUAAAAGUGACUAAACCUUGUCCAUUUUCUCCUACCUAUUCUGUGUCUUCAACUCCUUCAGCCCCUAGAAGUCCUGCCAGACCAGAAAAUUCAACAAGCCCAGGUUCACGCUGGACAAAAGGACAUUUGCUUGGAAGGGGAACAUUUGGACAUGUUUAUCUUGGUUUCAGCAGAGAAAGUGGCGAGAUGUGUGCAAUGAAGGAGGUAACCCUUUUUUCAGAUGACCCUAAAUCACGGGAAUGUGCGCUACAACUUACCCAAGAAAUUGCACUGCUAAGUCACUUGCGGCAUCCAAAUAUAGUCCAGUAUUAUGGGUCUCAAACGGUAGAUGACAGACUUUAUAUAUACUUAGAGUACGUCUCUGGUGGGUCUAUCUAUAAACUGCUUCAAGAAUACGGACAGUUAGGUGAAAUUGCGAUUCGGAAUUACACCCGGCAAAUUCUUUCAGGACUUGCAUAUUUGCACGCAAAGAACACUGUUCACAGGGACAUCAAAGGAGCAAACAUAUUGGUGGACCCUAAUGGACACAUAAAACUGGCAGAUUUUGGGAUGGCAAAGCAUAUAAGUGGACAGUCUCUUGCAUUUUCUUUUAAAGGAAGUCCUUACUGGAUGGCACCUGAGGUUAUAAGAAAUUCAGGUGGUUGUAAUCUUGCUGUUGAUAUAUGGAGUCUGGGCUGCACUGUUCUGGAGAUGGCAACAACAAAACCACCUUGGAGCCAAUAUGAAGGGGUUGCUGCCAUGUUUAAGAUUGGAAACAGCAGGGAACUUCCUAAAAUUCCAGAUCAUCUAUCAGAAGAAGGGAAAAGUUUUGUCAGGCUUUGUUUGCAAAGAAAUCCACUAGAUCGGCCUUCAGCUGGUCAACUUCUAGAGCACCCAUUUGUUAAAAGUGCUUAUCUGGAAAGACACUUUCUGAAUGCUGAUCCUUCAGAAUCCCCAUCUUCUGUUAUGAAUGCAAUGAGAUCACUGGCAAUUGGAUCUCCCAAACAUAAACUAUGUUUAGACUCGGAAGAAGUAGCUGGUAUCCAUGGUAUCCCUCCAGCUAGAAACUUCAGAACCGGAUAUGAAUCAAGUUAUGCUCAUAAAUCAAGGAUCGUUUCAUGUCCCGUUUCUCCAUCUGAUGGACUGCGUGUGCCUCCCAGAACAAUAAAUCCGAGUGGCAGGAUAUCUCGCUCUCCAACGCCUAAACCUCAUACCGCAUCUGGCCCUUCUACUCCAUGUCCCGUUUCUCCAUCUGAUGGACUACGUGUGCCUCCCACAACAAUGAAUCUGAGUAGCAGGAUACCUCGCUCUCCAACGCCUAAUACUCAUACCGCACCUGGCCCUUCUACUCCGCAAAUCUGUAUCUGUAGAUGUGGGGCAAACCCAUAUUAUCAAACAAAGCAGCAACCUAUAUUCCCUCAUGAACUGGGUAUGACCCAUAAAUCUCCUACUGGUAAUCAGUCAAAUAGAAGAACUGUUUGUCAAUGUCAGGGUUCAAAGCAUGGUCAGUUACAAAGAAAUACGAAACCCACCAUUCAGUCAAAUGGAGGCGCUGCUUGUCAAUGUCAGUGUUCAAAGCAUGGUCAGAUUCAAAGAAAUAUGCAGCAACAUAGACAACAACCUUGCUGCCCCCGGGAUAUAAUUUCACCUGAAAAUAAUGCUGUUGCAAACCAUAGUAGGAGAGCCGUAGAGGGAGUCCCAAGAGAAUCUCGUAAUGGGAGGUCGAGUAAUUGUGUGUCCCGACAACAGCGGGUGAGAGAUAAUGUGCGGCCAAAUGCAUCUCGUAAGUCAAGUGCACCAGUGGUUGAUCGCACUAAUGGCCUGUGAUUAUAGCAGUAGAAUAAUAGGAAAUUUUUAAUUUUACAAAGUUGAUGCUGCACAUGCAGCAUUCUCAAUCCUGCUUAAAAUAUUUUUUAAUUUUUUUUAGGCAAAGCAAAAUUGUACAUCACACUUUGCGCUGUUUUGUAUUUUUUCAUUGUAGCUGCAAAGGGUAGUAGUGCCAAAUGCCAAUACAGAUACAAAUGUCUAUUGUAAGGACAAACUCAUCAAUCACAGUUGAAUCAAGCAAUAUUUUUCUCCAUUUACUGUA